CAUUCGGUCGUCAGAAGUCAGAUUUCCACUCUCAAUCUUCUCUCUCUUUCUCUGGCAAUGGCGAAGCUGUCGAAUCUUCCGAUAUAUGCAUCUCGCGUUUACUUCGUGCUCAUCGUCCUCCAAAUUCCCUUUUUUAGGAUACCAUGUAGAUCAGGUAUGUGUACGUCGCCUAUCCAAGUUACAUCUAGCCAAUUGGUUGCAAGUGAGAUCUUUCCGCUAGCUGCAGUUAAGGCUCUCCUUUACCCAGGGGCCAUUUUUAAUGAUUUAAUCUACAAUAUGAGUGUUCCAAGUUGGAAUAAUGUACUAAGCAUGUACAACUUGACUGAUAUAAAAGGAGCCUCUGCAAUGCCUGAUCUACAACGUCUGGAGGUUCUUGCAGGAAGCUACUUCUCUGUAGCAGGAGCAUUUAUUGGUUUACUAAAGCCUCAAAGAAUGAGUAUGUUUGGGACCCUUCUAAUUGUAUGGGGACUCGUCAAGGAAGGGCUUCUUGGGAAGCCAGUAAACACCGACCCCACAAGAGCAGUUUAUGUGUACCCAACCAUGUUGAUUGCUGUGCUUUGUGCCUUCUCUUCCGUCAAGUUCAAUUUCCAGAAAGCCACUGCAAAACCUCCUCCCCGUCUUAUUGCAAAACCUCUUAAAAGCUCCAAAAAAUCUAAGCUGAAAUGAUUUCACGCUGAUUACAGACAUACGGCUUGUUCCUCACUUUCUUUAUUCUUCCAGCUGAUGAGUUGAAACUCUGUAGUGACAAUGCGGUGGUUACAAGGUACGUCAAAUCUAACGAAUGCGAAUUUUAGCCACUACAGUGUGCCCUAACCCCUUUGUAAAACUUUAUUUUUGGGAUGGAUUUAUGGCGUUGAAAUCAGAAGAAAAUGGUUACUGCCUGUGUUA